CCCGCACGCUGCAGAAGAAGUGGACGACGUUCCUGAAGGCGCGCCUGGUGUGCGCGGCGCCCGAGCAGCAGCUGCACUUCGACCGCCUGCAGGCCGUGUUCACGCUGCGCGGCGCCCGCUGGCAGGACACCGCCUUCUUCGGCGUCUUCCGGGCGCGCUGGGGCGACGUGGACGUCUCGGCCGUGUGCCGCUACCACAUCCUGGAGGUGAAGAAGGCCUUCGAGGGGCCCUACAAGGAGUACCGGGAGCAGGCGCAGAAGUGGGGCCGCUACUCGGACGAGGUGCCGAGCCCCCGUCCCGGGGCGUGCAUCACGGACUGGCACCGGCAGAACGGCUUCGGCAGCUCCCUGGAGCUGCCCGACAACACGCUCAACUUCGCCAAGAAGCACCCGCUCAUGGACGAGCCCAUCCUGCCGCAGCGCGGGCGCCCGCUGCUGCUCAAGAAGGACGCCAACUUCACCCAGCUCGUGGUGGACCGGGUGCGCGCGCUGGACGGCACCCUCUACGAGGUGCUCUUCAUCGGCACGGGUGACGGCUGGGUGCACAAGGCGCUCGACCUGGGCACGCACGUGCACCUCGUGGAGGAGCUGCAGGUGUUCGAGCCGGCGCAGCCCGUGGAGAGCCUGGUGCUGGCCGGGCGCAAGAAGCUGCUCUUCGCUGGCUCCCGCUUCCAGGUGGCCCAGCUGCCCCUGGCCGACUGCAGCCGCUACCAGUCGUGCACGGACUGCGUGCUGGCCCGCGACCCCUACUGCGCCUGGAGCCGCAACGGCAGCCGCUGCGUCCGCGCCGACC